AUGGAUGGUAUUGAUCCGGAGACUCUUCUCGAAUGGCUACAAACGGGUGCGGGUGAUGAACGGGAUUUACAAUUGAUGGCUUUGGAGCAAUUAUGUAUGCUGUUGUUGAUGUCGGAUAAUAUCGAUCGAUGCUUCGAGAGUUGUCCACCGCGAACUUUCCUCCCGGCUUUGUGUAAAAUUUUCCUCGACGAAACGGCACCCGACAACGUGCUUGAGGUGACGGCCCGAGCGAUCACCUAUUAUUUGGAUGUGUCAAAUGAGUGCACGAGGAGGAUUACACAGGUGGACGGAGCAAUCAAAGCAAUUUGCAAUCGUUUGGCUGCUGCCGAAAUGAAUGACCGAAGCAGUAAAGAUCUGGCGGAGCAAUGCGUGAAACUUCUCGAGCACGUGUGUCAGAGAGAGACAUUGGCCGUAUAUGAUGCUGGCGGGAUACACGCAAUGCUGACACUUGUGCGACAAAAUGGAAAUCAAAUCCACAAGGACACCAUGUAUUCGGCGAUGUCUGUCGUGACACGCCUAUGCGGGAAAAUGGAGCCAAACGAGCCGGCACUGGCUCAAUGCGCUGAGAGUCUUGGCGCCUUGCUGGCACACGAGGAUGCAAAAGUGUCCGAGUCGGCGUUGAGAUGUUUUGCCGCACUCACCGAUCGUUUCAUCCGGAAAUCGAUGGAUCCCAUUGAGUUGGCCAGGCACAGCAAUCUUGUCGAUCAUCUACUCGCUUCACUCUGUGCAACCGAGCCUCCAUCAGCCGUUUUCACGAGCAUCGUUUUGUCGAUUCUCAGCAAUCUCUGCCGAGGAAGUGCCGAGGUCACGCAACAAGUGUUGAGCAAUAAUCUCUUGAUCGCCGCCCUCUUCGCCGUGUUGACGGGAAAGAAUGAUCGUUGUGUGACUGAUGGAUUGAGAUUAGCUGAUCUUCUCGUUGUUCUUCUUUGCGAGGGAAGGAAUUCGUUGCCGAAGAAUUGCCCGGUAUCGGAAACGGGAUUGGCCGGCUCGGGGACGGGAGAACGGGCAAGGCAUCUCAUCGAUGCGAUCCGCCAAAAAGACACUCAAGCGCUGGUGGAAGCGAUCGAAAGUGGAACGGUUGAUGUGAACUACACAGACGACGUCGGUCAAUCGUUGCUGAAUUGGGCGGCCGCAUUCGGCUCAAUCGAGAUGGUCUCCUUUUUGUGCGAUCGAGGAGCCGAUGUGAAUAAAGGAAGCAAAAGCAGCUCGUUGCAUUAUGCAGCCUGUUUUGGACGACCCGAUGUGGUGAAGAUGUUAUUGCAACGAGGAGCGAAUCCGGAUUUGAGAGAUGAAGAUGGGAAAACGGCGCUGGACAAGGCUCGUGAACGAAGCGACGAAGAUCACGCUCAAGUGGCGGCAAUCCUUGAAAGUCCGUCAGUAUACAUGCAUGCCCCGACAAAAAAAGAGGACCCACCCGAGAGCGUGAGCGGCAUUCAAACAAUGGAUGUGCCUGAUCGGAAUUUAGCCGCUCACGUCUUGCACAAACUUGUACCCGUCUUCUGUGAGAUAUUUCAGAAAUCAUUGAACAACAGCGUUCGUCGAUCAUCGCUUUCACUUCUCCGCAAAAGUGUCCAACACAUGACAAGCGAUGAUCUCCGAGCAGCAGCCGAGCAUUUAGCUUUUGAAUCGAAAUCGGAAGAUGCUCGCUCAUUCUCAGAUUCCCUCGUCGGCGUCCUCGUGAACGUUUUGGAGCAAGAGGAAGAUGUUGAUGGGCAAGAACAAGUGCUUUUGAUAAUGUCCUCUUUAUUGCACAAGGACAGCGGCUUCUGGGUGGAGGAGUUGAUCCGGCUUGGCGUCUUCGAGAAAGUCGAAUCAAUGGCAAAAGAGCCAUCAGUCCCUACAAUAUCUUCUUGUUCGAUGGCCAACCUAUUGGAGAUUCGUGAUUCGAUUGAUGAGAUGAAUGCAAGGAAUAAUACGCUUAGCCGUUCCACCUCUUCAACUCCAUCAGUGGCUCUCGAAUCAGACAUCGAAAGAACAACUCCCGGAAUCAGUGAAAGAGAUCGCGGACAAAUGCUCAACGUGCCAAUAUCGGUCGACGAAGACUUCUCCACAAUGCAAACCCCACCGCCAACUGUUGAAGUGGUCGGCACACCCAGCGAGGCUAUUGUCAGUCGAGAGGCUAAAGAGAAAGAUUUUCCGAAACAAAUUGAGAUUGCCGUUUUGUACCGUUGGAAAGAGUGGCGCAUUGUGCGUGACGCGGAAACGCUCUACAUUUGGGCCGAUCCGAUCGCCCUGGAGUUUCCUCAGAACUCUAAUGGCUGGAUUCGCUAUUUGUCGGACGGUCAACUGUGGAUCAUGUACAGUAAUGGACAUACGGAGAUCUCAUCGAGUGAAGUUGACGCGAAGAAAUCAUUUGUUACGAAAUGGCGACGAGCAACGGCAGCUUGCGGCGACGCAAUGCCCACAUCGCUUCUUCAAAUCCCGAAUCCAACCCGGAAAGCCCUCGUGCCUAGCUGGGAGUUAAUGUGUUUAAAAGGAAACGAGUUGAACGUUCGAUGCAAUAUGGAACAAGAAUCGAAUCCGAUCAUUAUCAAGGAUGAAAUUGCUGGGUUCACCUAUGACUCAAACGAGAAAGUCUCCGUUUGUCCGCAAACCGUUCUCUCGCAUGACUUCAGCACUGGCUGGUCUCUCCAUGGGGUCGGCGGUCGACGAGCUCGUUUCCGAAUGGAAAUGCAAAGGAAACGAGUACAGGAAUUGGCAUGGGAAGUUUGGGAUAAAUAUCUGAAAGAUGCAAAGACGAAACCACGAGAUGCCCUGCUGCAUCUACAAGAGGCUACAUCUUGCAUUCAGGAGUUCGUCAAGAGCACGCUGAUGAAGAAGAAAAACAUCGAGCAUGUGCAAAAUAUGGUGCACGCGUUGAACUACGUGAAAGAGUGUAUUUUGGACGAUCGGCGGCUCUCGAUUUUCGAAUUGUCCGUGUCAGGCCUCGUACCAACGCUUGUUGGAUUGUUGAACGCAAUCGAUCACAAGCCAAACUCUUUCCCGGCAAUUAUGUUCAAAGAGGCUUUCGGCUGUGGAAGUGCGCUGUCGGCGUUGGCGCGGAAAAUGGUUUUGAUUUUGGAAUCCACCGAGAAAUUCCCUCAAUAUCUCUACGAUGCACCCGGCGGAUCGGCGUUUGGAUUACAGUUGUUGAGUCGCAGAUUUAGACUGAAAUUGGAGUUGGCUGGGAGUGAUACCGAGGCUCAGAAACAUCUAUUGAAUAGAACGAAUCGUUUCUUCAAAAGCGAACCACUGACCACAAUUGGGCAACUCAAGAAUUUCUUGCUGAAAAUGGUUGCAAAACAAUGGUACGAUCGCGAAAGGGAAACAUUUAAUUUCGUGAAACAAAUCCAAAAGGAAAAAGAGCUUUCGUUCACGUACACAAGCGAUUUUGAUGAUCAGGGGAUUGUCUAUUGGUUGGGAACGAAUGGGAGAACGAACUCGGAAUGGAACAAUCCUGCAUCGAUUUCCAUUGUUAAGGUUUCAUGCUCCGACGCGCCAAGACAACCAUUCGGUCGACCUGAAGACAUUUUGAGUCGAGAAAUUCAGCCACUCAAUUGCCAUUCGAGUGAUGAUAAAAAUGGAAACUUCACCGUGGAUCUCGGUUGCCUCGUCGCCCCAACCGCUUACACCCUUCGCCACGCACGCGGAUAUGGAAGAAGCGCUUUGAGAAAUUGGCUUUUCCAGGGUUCUCGUGACAAUCACGUGUGGGAACUUCUCGUCGCUCACUCUGACGACACAUCCCUUGGCGACCCGGGAUCAACAGCUACUUGGCCUAUCGAGCCGGGAAAGGGUCCCUACCGAUAUUUCCGAGUCUCACAAAAUGGAAAGAACUCCUCCGGGCAAACCUACUACCUCUCGCUGUCUGGAUUCGAAAUCUAUGGAAAAGUCACCGAUGUUAUCGUAGAAGGAUUUAAAGUUGAAGAAAAGGAAAAGAAAACUCCUCCAUCGAAAGUGCCCGCAAAAAUGACGCCGGCUAGGGGAUCGAAGAAAGGCGAUGAGCCGAAAUCCCCGGGAACCACGUCGGAAGCUUUGGAGAUGCUCCCGCAAGGAGCGAACAAUAAUCGAAUCAAAUUCGGAAUUACAAUCGAUCAGAUUUUGCGAUCGAUGAAAAGCGGAACUAUGCGCACAAAGCACUCGGCUCGUCUUCUCCGAAACAUGCCCGGUGACACGAGUGAAUUGGUGGGAAUGGUGGUGAGGAGAGGACCCGAUUGGCAAUGGGAUGAACAAGAUGGAAGAAUGAAUGGCCGAGUGAUCACGUACACAAAACCUGGAAUGAUGGCCAAACAGAUGCCCGGAUGGAUUGACGUGACUUGGGAUAAUGGAUACACGAAUAGUUAUCGAUACGGAUACGAGGGGAGAUUCGAUCUGCAGAGAGUGGCUCGAACGACAGCUUCCGAUUUGCUGCAAGUGAUGCGUUCCCAUCAAAUCCUUCAACCCCGCCGCGGUGCGCCCGACACAUCGAUCACUUCCGGAAACUUGAUGACCCCACCAAGCCGUGAACAACCAUUCCAUUCCGGCUUUGCACCAUUCGGACUUCGAUCGAUGAAACCAACCGCUGGCAAAACUCGAAUGCGCACCUCUGGACGCCCAAAUGCUCAACUCGGCUCUUCAGCGACUCAAUCAAACACAUCAUCUUCUAUUGGAAAGAAAUCCAUGUCAACAACUGAUCUCGUUGAUGAAAGAGCACGUGAAAGUGGGACAAGCAGUGCGGUUACUGUGGCCGCCACUGGACAAGCCGCUUCCGCUGAAAGCCUUCAACAUCAAACGCCUAGCUUGGAGAAUCUACUUAGAGGCUCACGAAUUUACCAAAUUGCUGAAAGAAAUGAGACGCUUGAGGGAAGAGAGACGCCAAUAACAGGACAGGAUGAGAGGCCCGGCUCCUCUCAACCAUUGCUCUCCGGAUCGUCGACGAAACAAAAUGAAAUGGACACCUCAAGCUCAACUCAGGGAGGCAGUGGAAAUCUUUCCCUCUCGACACCCGAGUUGGCUGCGGUGAUUCAAAGGAAUUCGUCGGAGGGCUCCGAGUUGACGAAAGCUUUGGAAGAAGACGAAGAUGAUGAUGAAAAUGAUGAUGAGAAUGAGGAUGGAGAACCGGAUGAUGAUGAAGAUGAUGACGACGAUGAUACGGAUAAUGAUGACAGAAACGAGAAGAAAGAGGGCAGUUUGACGGAUCUAUUGGUCGACUUGGAUGGUGGAAGUGGUCCAUCGGGAAGCUCCUCAAAAGCCACCAUUGCCUCAAAUCCUCAAUCUUCUUCGGCUGAAAGGGGAAUCUUUGAGCGAAUUCGAGAAGUCAUCGGAAUCGAAGAUUCACUCGAACAACUUUUGAGUGCCGCAGCAACGGGAGUUGAUGGAGUGCCAACGAAUAAAAAGGCGGUGAGGAAAUCGAGUGGAUCGCUGAAAGCGAAAAUUGGAACCUACGCCGACGUGCUGAGAUCGGUGAUGUAUCAGAUGAUGGAUACCUCAUCUGGUGACAUUGACGAGAUGGACGAGGAAAUUUUUGAAGAUGAAACGGACGCGAAUGAAGACGAAUUGAUCGAAGACCAUGAUCUAGGACUCACAGCCGGCAUUCUACCAAGAGGAUUGAUCGGAAGAAUUGGAAAUGAUGGAGGGAUCCGAUUGAAUUGGCGGCAAAUGUCCCAAUUGUUGAUGAAUGAACCACAUCGUUUACAAGAGGGAACAAGCAAAGGUCGACUGACGCAGUCGAAUCUCCGACAAUGGGACGACGAAUUUGUGCUCAAAUGUCAAUUCCAGGCACUGAUCCCGGCUUUUGACCCGAGACCCGGUCGUUCAAAUGUCAAUCAGACACAAGAUGUCGAACUGCCCGCGAAUCUCACCGAGUUCCCAGCUACUCCUAAUCCACUUGUCAUGAACAACGACAUCAAACUCCGACUCUUCCUGCGUGGACCGAAUCUUCCCGGAAUCGAGAACAAAACGAUCGAGUUGUGUAAAGAUGAGCAAUCGCUUUUCAAAUGCAUUCAAACACUCACCAACAACAUCGAAUGGCAACAGAAAGGAGACAAAAACCGGCGAAUUUUUGACCCGACUUACACGAUUCUUUACGAGGAUGCAUCGACUGCACCCAGUGUCGACACGUCGAAUAUCCCGACUGAAGAGAGCAAAGUGCCCGAGGUUGUCAAUCAGACAUUGGAUGUGCUCAAUCUGCUCGCGAAAAUCGCAACAACUCUCCCCGAGUCCGAGCUUCCGUCGAACAUCUUUGUAUCGGAGAAGCUCACACAAAAGCUCAUUCAAGAGUUGUCCGAUCCUUUGGUUGUCUCAUCUCGUUCGAUGCCUGAAUGGUGUGAGCGCUUGAUUUACGCAUAUCCGUGUCUUUUCACGAUGGAUACAAGGAACAUGUACAUGCAAGCAACGGCUUUCGGCGUAUCUCGGUCGAUCGUUUGGCUUCAAUCGAGAAGAGACGCGGCGUUGGAGAAAACGAGAGGCGCCUCGAGCAAUGCAACCGUUGGAUCAGCAACAGUUCGACGAGAAGAUGCGUAUGAAUAUCGAGUGGGACGGUUGAAACACGAGAGAAUGAAGGUGACUCGAUCGGAAGACGCCCUUUUGGAGCAAGCGAUCCGUGUCUUCCGCUUCCACUCGUUCAACAAAGCCGUCUUGGAGAUUGAAUAUAAUGGGGAAGAAGGAACUGGCCUGGGUCCAACUCUUGAAUUCUAUGCCCUCGUAUCAGCCGAAAUGCAAAGGAAAGCACUGGCCAUUUGGUGGUGCGAUGAUCUAGAUGAAACACAGUUGAAGCUAGAGGAAAAGGAACUCGAUUUGGGCGAGGGAAAGAAACCGCCGGGGUACUAUGUGCGUCGAGCGGGCGGACUCUUCCCUGCCCCUCUUCCACCGAACACCGAACAACGGCGACGAGCCAGCGAACUCUUCCACGUGCUUGGGAUCUUCCUUGCUAAGGUUCUACAAGAUGGCCGCCUCGUCGACAUCCCCCUCUCCCAGCCGUUCCUCAAGCUGGCCAUUCAUCCAAAAGUCAAUAAUCACACCUCAUUGAACGAUCUUGAUGGAGUGCUGAAUUUGGAUGAUUUCGAAGAAGUUCAUCCAGUUAAAGGUCGUUUCUUGAAAGAACUAUCCUCGUUGGCAGCUCGGAAGAGAACGAUUGAAUGCGAUGAAAAUAUGGACAAUAUUGCAAAAAGGAGACGAAUCGAUGAGCUAACAUUGAACUUCAACGGAACACGAUGCAAGAUCGAAGAUUUGGCUCUAAACUUCACCGUCAAUCCCCCGUCAACCGUUUUCCAAUAUAAAGAAAUGGAGUUACUGGAGGGCGGAUCAGAUAUGGAUGUAACGAUGGACAAUGUCGAGCUCUAUGUCGAGAAAUGCACCGACUAUUAUUUGAACUCGGGAAUCAUUGAACAGGUUCGUGCAUUCCGUGAGGGUUUCGACAAGGUUUUCCCGUUGCAUUCACUUCGAUCAUUCACUUCUCAAGAAGUACAAUGUUUGAUCUCGGGAGAGCAAUGCCCUGAAUGGACAAGAGAGGAUCUUAUCAAUUACACUGAGCCAAAACUCGGCUACACUAGGGAGUCACCGGGUUUCCUCAGAUUCGUCGAUGUGAUGGUUGAGCUGACGGCACCGGAAAGGAAAAGUUUCCUCCAAUUCGCGACUGGAUGCAGCAGUCUGCCGCCAGGUGGCUUGGCCAACCUUCAUCCCCGCUUGACGAUCGUUCGAAAAGUUGAGAGUGGUGAUGGAAGUUAUCCCUCGGUUAACACGUGUGUUCAUUAUCUGAAACUUCCCGAGUACUCGAGCUCCGAGAUUUUAAGAGAACGUCUCCUCACAGCGAUCAACGAAAAGGGUUUCCAUCUGAAC